CAACCAAAAAACAUCAACAUCUAGUCUUAUCACACAUCAACGACUCUGCGUUGGAACUCUCAUCUGAACGACGGUUGCCCCUCAACCUUACUCCAAGAGCAACCGAAAAAAUGCCCCCUCUACAAGGCUUCUCCAACAACUCCUUCCUCACCCACCAAGACCUAAAAAUAUCCUGCAUCGCCCUCCUCCGCGCCCUAAAACUCUAUCAAUCCCCCUACGGCGCGCGCAUAAAGCUCCCCCUAUCCACCGGAACCCACUUCGACGACAUCGCCGCCCAGCUCGAAGGCUACGCCCGCGCACUAUGGGCCAUAGGCACGCUCUUGCACUCCAACACCGCCACGCCAGACGAGCAAAAAGAGCUCCUGGAACCCUACGCCCGCGGCCUAGCAAGCGGGACAAAUCCCCAGCACCCGGAGUACUGGGGCCCCGUCGUAGAGCGCGACCAGCGCAUGGUGGAGAUGGAGAUCAUUUCGUAUGCGCUGCUCGCCGCGCCGGAGUUCAUGUUCCAUGCACAGACUGAGUGUGCAAAGAGGGAUAUAACGGUGUGGCUGCAGACAAUCAAUGGCAAGGACUUUCCGGCUACGAAUUGGUUGUGGUUCCGAGUUAUGACGAAUCUGGCGCUUGUUAGGGUGUGUGGCGUGCCGUAUGCAGAUGUUCGAGGGGCGAUGGAACAGGAUCUGGAGAUGUUGGAGGGAUUCUAUCUAGGUGAGGGGUGGGCCAGUGAUGGGGUUUGGGGCGAUGAGGGGAGGCAGGCGGAUUAUUAUUCGGGGAGCUUUGCUAUACAGUUCUCACAGUUGGUAUACGCCAAGAUGGCGCAAGACUUGGAUCCAGAGCGGUGCGAGAGGUUUCGGAAUAGGGCGAGGAAGUUUGCUGUGUCGUUUUGGCGGUACUUUGAUGCAAGUGGUGCGGCAAUACCGUUUGGACGCAGUCUCACGUACCGUUUUGCAUUCGCGGGCUUCUGGUCAGCCGUGGCCUUUGCUGACGUGCAACUCCCCGCGCCCCUGAACGACUGGGGCGUCGUCAAGGGCCUUUUGCUGCGGCACUUCCGUUGGUGGAGCAGCAAGCACGACAUAUUCAACAGCGACGGCACUCUGACAAUCGGCUUCACCUAUCCCAACAUGUACAUGAGCGAAGACUACAACUCACCGCAAUCCCCCUACUGGGCCCUAAAAUCCUACUUGGCACUCGGCCUCCCAGCCACGCACCCCUUCUGGACCGCCGAGGAAAAACCCCUCCCCCAGACGAAACACGACCUCGCUGUUCCCGUCAAACCUCCAAUGCACAUCCUCUGCAACACAGGAAACCACCAUUUCCUCCUCUCGGCGGGCCAAUUCUGCCCCUGGCCGCUCAAAGCAACAGAGGCCAAGUACGGCAAAUACGCCUACUCAUCACACUUCGGCUUCAGCGUGCCCACAGGGCCGUUGAUCCAGCAAAGCGCCCCCGACAGCACACUUGCACUAAGCAAAGACGGCGGAGACACAUGGCGCGUGCCGUGGAAGGCGCGGAGCCCCCAAUUCGGAGAAGCGCACCUCUGGCGCGAAGGCAAAGUCAUAGAAUCCAUACCAACGCUCUCGUGUACAUGGACGCCCUGGGUCGACGCAGAUAUAUCCGUCCACACCCUCCUCGUCGCACCCUGCACCCGCUGGCCAAACCACUACGUCCGCGUCCACACCAUCACAAACCACGGGUCAAGCCCCGUCCCCAUAAAAGCCGUGCAAGGCGGUUUCGCAAUCCAAGCGCGCAGCGCAACACGUGGCGAAGCCCUGCCCGCAUAUGAAACCCCGCAAAGCCUCACCGCGAAAGAUGUCCCUGAGGGCACACUGCAAACCCGCGACGGAGUCCUCGUCUGUUCAGACGCAGGCUCAAGCGGUAUCCGCUCCCUUUCUACAUUUAGGUCAGCUGCUGCGGGUGUAACCCCCGAGGAGAUCAAGAUACAGCCACACAUCCUCAAACCAGAUGCAAAUACAAACCUCAUCCACCAGCGGACACUGAUUCCCACGCUGAAUCUCCAUGUAACAGUGUCCAGCAGUAGCAGCGAGGUGAGCUUUGCGUGUGCCGUGUUUGGCCUGGGCAGGACGUCAGAGAGUGAGACGCGGUAUGCAGCCCUGGAUAUUGCGGAGCUGUGGAAUGAUAUACCGGUCAUUGCUGCGUCGGCAUGGGAACCGGAGGGGGAGUGCAUUGUUAUCGAGUAA